AUGACUGAACGUGAUCGCGUUGUUCUCUUUGGAGAUCUGACAUCAGACUAUGUCGCCGGGCUGCGGUCGCUUGUUGCCACCAAAACCAACCCUCUCCUUACCUCCCUCUUCGAGAGAGUUGCCUUUGUACUACGAGAGGAGAUCGCAACGCUGCCAGCCCUAGAACGAGCCAAAUUUCCGGGGUUCAUCACCUUCCAGGAGCUGCUCACUCGCGUGCAGCAAAUACCUUCGACCCAUCCCGCCUUCGAGAUAGCCCUCGCAUGCACCUAUCAGCUCGCAUGCGUGACCAGCUACUUCACGGCGCCGGGCCGGGAGUAUCCCUCCGCCCCGAGCACGCGGUUGGUUGGUCUUUGUACAGGGCUUCUGAGUGCUGUUGCAUUGAGCUGUUCGCGAAGUAUCACUGACCUUGUACCCCUCGCGGUGCACACCGUUUGGGUGGCAUUUAGGGCGGGCCUCUGUGUUGCUGAAGUGCGCGAGAAUCUGCAGCCCCAAACCAGUCCCCCAUCCGCCUGGUCCGUGGUCUUCCCCCCGACCACUGCCACUUAUAUCAGCACAAAUGCAAACGCCGGACUCACGUUAAGCGGGCCUCCGACCACACUGCAGGAGUUGCUCAUGUCCGGGUAUCUGCCCAGUAGCAGGACACUCAGCAUUCCCAUUUACGCCCCCUAUCAUGCCCCUCACCUGUACGGGCCGAGAGAUAUCCAGCACAUUCUUGGCGCAAAGACACUGAGCACUGAUUUCCGCUGUUGCACACCAAAAUUCCUCGUCCUCUCGAGUGUGACCGGGGAGGCCAUUGCCGCCGAUACUUUUGAUGCACUACUAGAGGCUGCGCUGAACGAGAUCCUGAGGCAGCCUCUUCGUCUCGACCGCGUGGUUACUUCCCUUGGGCAAAGCCUCCGGGAUUCCGGGCGAGGCUGCACCCUCUUCCCCAUCGCCACUCUGGUGGCUCAGAGCUUCGCCGUUACGCUGCAGAAGGAAGGUCAGUUUGACGUGGCAGUGGAUCCAAGCAUGAACUUUAGUGCCGCGGUUAUGGACCACUCCGCCUCGACGACGGGCAAAAUCAGUGACGCGAAACUGGCUAUCAUCGGCUAUUCCGGACACGUGGCGCGCAUUACACCCGGCAACCGCUGGGACGUACGCACCCACGUUGAUCCCACCUUAAAGCGCAAGAACACGAUGGGGACCCCAUACGGGUGCUGGUUGAAGGAACCGGGGCUGUUCGACGCGAGCUUCUUUAUGAUCAGCCCGCGCGAAGCACCCCAGGUUGACCCCGCUCAGCGUUUAUCCCUCAUGACAGCGUACGAAGCCAUGGAGUUUGCCGGGUUUGUGCCAGGCUCGACCCCGUCAACUCAGUCGGAUAGGAUCGGGGUCUUUUACGGCACAACCAGCAAUGACUGGGGGGAGAUGAACAGCUCGCAAGAUGUUGACACCUAG